AUGCAUGCAGCUCUUUCAAGCUCCAGGCACUGUCGCCUGAAUUUUUCAAGCACUACACGUUGCAGUGUUGGCAGGUGUUCGUGCUUCGGCGUUUGCCUGAGCGUCUUCAUGGAGAGACUCCGUCAGUCACAGUUUCUUCGUCCAUCUUUUCUUUUUAACUGCACCCAAUGUGCUCCAGACGUCUGGGUGGACAACGUGUCUACAUCCCGCGAUGUCGAUGACACAAGUGUGUUCGGCUUGCGAGGUAUUGUCGACGUUGAUUUUGUGCUUUCAGUUUUUGAGCAAAGGCAUCCAGUAUACUAA